AACUUUUGAGAUUGUGCAAAUUCCAAAAUUCCAAGUUGAAAGCUUUGUUCCCUCUAUUGGGCAUCUUGAAAAUGGGGUUUGCUGCAGUUAGUACCAUUUCAAUGGCUAAUGUUUUUCUAAGAAGCUCUUAUCAUCAUCAGAAAGAUGUAAAUUUGGGGUCUUGUAUGAGAAAAGAAACAUGGGGUUUUAAUCUUUACUUGCCAAAGCUCAAGUACCAAUCAAGAAUCUCAUUUUGCUGCAAGAAUGAAUCAAUUGAUUUCGAAGAAAGAACAAGUCCUAAUGAGGUCAAGAAAGAGAUUGAGCAAUGCUAUGAAUUAAUACACAGGCUUGGUCGCGGUGUUGUGUAUUUAGGAUCUUCAAGGAUGGGUCCUGGACAUCUACACUACAUAAAAACCUUUGAAUUAGGGAACAAGAUUGCAACCCUCUUAGAUUGUACGACAUGGUCCGGGGCUGGGCCAGGCUUAAUGGAUGCUGCCACUCAAGGUGCUCUACAAGCAGGGAAGCCCGUUGGCGGGUUCAAGAUAGGUAAAGAAGCAGGGGAAUGGACGGCUACAAAUUUUCAUCCAUACUUACCAUCAGAGAGUUAUCUUACAUGCAGGUUUUUCUCCGCAAGGAAACACGGGUUGGUGGAUGCUGUUGUGCGAUGCAGAAGCUCUGAAAGGACAGCUGUUGUCGUACUUCCUGGAGGAAUUGGUACCCUCGACGAGGUUUUUGAGAUCAUGGCUUUGAUUCAACUCGAGCGAAUUGGCUCUCAACUUCCUGUUCCUUUGCUUCUAAUGAACUAUGAUUCAUUUUAUACCAAUUUGUUGGAGUUCCUUAAUGAUUGUGAGAAGUGGGGAACUGUCUCUAAAGGUGAAGUUGAAUCAUUGUGGAAAAUUUGUAACAAUAACUCAGAAGCUUUGGAUUAUUUGGCUGAAUUUUAUGGUCUUUCUACUAUAGAAACCAAUAGAAAAGAUUCUGAAUCAUCAGAACAUUUAAGAAUUAACCAUGGUUAAUUCAUAUGUAUUGUGACUUUAAUCUUUAAUUGAUAAGGUUAAAUUGUUUGGUUCAGUGUAACCAUGGUUAAUUCGUAUGU